CACCAAUUUUGCUAUAUCAGAAUGGAUAAAAACGAAUAAACCUGUCUGUUAAAAAUGGAUUUGUCAGCUGGUUUGUUUUAAGUACUUAGAGAUUGUAGGUCGAAAGUUCAAGGGCAGGACUCGGCUAACCGGCGUGCAAGGAUGGCUGUUCUGAAGCAGUCACCCAUACUUUGUCGUGGACAUACGCGGCCGGUUAUUGACUUGAGUUUUAGCUCUAAAUAUGCCGUUGAUAAUCUCUUGCUAACGGCCUCAAAAGAUUGUAAAGCAAUACUGCGUCUAGGAGAUACAGGAGACUGGGUGGGGACAUUCCUAGGCCAUGACGGAGCUGUAUGGUCGUGUGCUUUUGACCUUCAUGCCGAUAAGGUGGCUACGGGAUCGGCGGACUUCAGUGCAAAAAUAUGGUGUGUCAAUACAGGCAAAGAAUUGAAUUCAAUUCCCCAUGAUCACAUUGUUCGCUGCGUUGAAUUUAAUAAAACUGAUUGCGGUUCAAUGUUACUCACAGCUGACAACAGCAAAAAGAUUUCUAUCUAUGAUGUGAAUUGUCCUCUUUCGCCUUUAUCUGUAUUCGUGGGGCAUGAAGAAACAAUUUAUCGGGUUGUGUGGUGUCAUGGAGAUUCAUUGGUCCUAUCUGUAUCAGGAGAUAAAACUAUUCGUUUAUGGGAUCGUCGAGACCUUUGUUCAAAACCAGUAUCAACUUAUCUGUGGUCUAAACAAAAGUCAGAUCCGGUUACCGAUAUACAGUUGCAUAUGCCGCCAGAUAGCGAAAAUCUUUCUGAUAUUUUAGUGGCAUGUGGGAAAUCAGUUUUCGCCUACUAUUUUGACUGGCGAAAAAUCAGUCUAAGAACACAAGCUCCAGAACCUGAUGUAGCAUUCAAUUUGCCGUGUUCAGUGAAUACAGUCAGUCGUCAUCCGUUUGAGGAAUUUUUUGUGUGUGGUGGAGAAGAUCAUUGUAUAUAUCGACUGGAGUUGGAAACCGGUGAAGUGUUAGCCAGGCUGGAUAGUGUUCACGAGCGCGUUUUUCAAGUUGGUGCAUGGUACGGUUGAUGUACCCAGCUCCGCAAGAGCAAGUAAACUGGUAUGUGCACGUUGAAGUGGCCCAAUGCGACAGCUUGUUUUUCACGUUCUGGCUGAACAGUUCCUUGCAGGAAAACGUCAGUCUUAGAUUCGCGGCGAAGUAUGUUUUCCCCAGCGAUUUGGAGAGGCGUUUGCGAAGGAUUUCUGCAUCAAUAUCACCUUAGGAUCCAAACACACAGAGCCGUUUCACUUUCAGUCAAACGCUAAAACCAAUAAACAACAUUGUUUUGGUUUGUGCAACCUAGAACUGAGCAGUACUUCUCUCCCUGUUAAAGUUCUAGCGGCGAACGAGAGUCAUUAAAUUGAUUUGUUAGUUAUGCGGUUAAAAAGACAGAGUCUUUUUAGUACAGCUAUUCAAAAUUGGUUUUACUGUUGCAUGUAUUGACAUAUUUAUUACAAUUCUUUCACAUAAACCGAUGUGUUUCUUUCUUCUAAAUUUAAGAAACAUGUAAGGGACAUUUUGGUCCAGUACAUCGUGUCAAAUUUUCGGCUAAUGGUGAACUGUUCGCAAGUUGCAGUGAAGACGGUACUCUUCGUUUAUGGCAAACUUCUGUUGGCAGUGAUUAUGGCCUAUGGAAGUUGGUUGUACCAAAUCAAACAACUGGUGCUGAUGAUACGUGCACUACUAAAACUACACUGGAGGCGAUUGUAAAUGGACAGUCCGUUACAAGUCUACCUGAUACAUGAGAGUAACACUGUUGUUAGUGAGAUAAACUCUGAACACACAGUUGAUCUGCUUCUCUGUCUUAUGUGAUUCCUGUCUGUAAAUGAGAUUUUCCCUUUCUAUUGGAAAUUGUAUUAUUUUUUUUCAAGAAUGAAUGUGAUGAGGUAACACAUUUACCAGUGAGAUUUUCUUCUUCAGUACUUAUGCGAACUAGGGGUGCUGUUCCAAAAAUACAAUCUCAGUGAUGAUAAAGACUUUUUUCCAGUAAAAUAAAUCUGUAAAUAUCCCCCCCCCAUUUAUAAUAUUAGAAGAAGAAAUAUAAUAGGCGAACGAUAUUGUUGUCAUUUUCAAUUAGAUCCCCUUCUUCAGGCUUUACUUUAAUUUACAUAGAC